GUAAUUGAAUAUUUAGCUGAAUUCUGUUUAUUCAAGCGAGAAGGAAAUUAUUGGUAUCAUGACCAUUUAUAUGACCACCCUUUUGGGUUUUCCCCACAUGGGUAAUUACUGAUACAGACGGCCCUCACACAAAGUUCUGAGAAAGCUGUUAUUUGAUCGUAAAACUAAUUUCUUUUAAUUAUGUAUUAUGCAACAACCGUAAUCUCCUUAAACAGUUUUAUUCUUCAUACAUCUGGUUAACAUUGGGACUUCUUGCUUUUCAUGUUGUUUAAUUUGCCGCAGCCUAGAGACAUGUGUUAUGUUGCAGCUCCUGGAUUGACGGAAUUGAGUUACAGUGGAUAUCAACCACAUGCUUAUUCUUGGGAUGAUUACCCGCCACUGAAAGAUAUCUUGGGUGCAGUCCAUAAGGCUCUUCCCGGUAGUUUUAAUAGCAUACUCUUAAAUAGGUACAAAGGCGGUAAUGACUAUGUGGGUUGGCAUGCUGAUGAUGAGAAGCUAUAUGGACCAGCCCCUGAAAUUGCUUCACUGUCUUUUGGAUGUGAACGUGAGUUCAUUUUGAAGAGGAAACCAAGUAAAAGAUCUAAUGAUGGAAGCGGUGAACCUUCGAAGAAGCGAUUAAAGAAGAACAAUCAUGCUGAUCAACAUACAUUUACACUCAAGCAUGGAUCACUUCUGGUGAUGAGAGGUUAUACACAACGGGAUUGGCUCCAUUCUGUGCCUAAGCGAGCAAAAGCUGAAGCUACGCGCAUCAAUCUCACAUUUAGGCGUGUUUUAUGACUGGCUCUGAAAUGUUUUUAGGAAAUGCUUUGGAUUACAUCUUUUUUGAAGCGAUCCUGUUUAGGAUUUUGUUGCCUCGAGCACUUCGAAUUUUAACUGUGGCAAACUCCAUGUAAUUGAUGGCAUGAAUCCUACUGCUCUCUCUAGAUAUAAAUAUACUACGUCCUUGAUAUAAAAGCUCAUAUCCUGAAGAUAAAAA